UUCUGGAGAUAUCUUCCGACACCGAAGAAUCCAACAGUCAUGCCUGAUCCCUCCGUCAAAGCGCCCAAGAAGGGCUCCAAGAAAGCCGUCUCUAAGACCGUCAGCAAGACCGGCAAGAAGAGGAGAAAGUCCAGGAAGGAGAGCUACGCCAUCUACGUGUACAAGGUGAUGAAGCAGGUCCACCCCGAUACCGGCAUCUCCUCCAAGGCCAUGGGCAUCAUGAACUGCUUCGUGAGCGACAUCUUUGAGCGCAUCGCCGGUGAGGCCUCUCGUCUGGCUCACUACAACAAGCGCUCCACCAUCACUUCCAGGGAGAUCCAGACCGCUGUCCGCCUGCUGCUGCCCGGCGAGCUGGCGAAGCACGCGGUGUCUGAGGGAACCAAGGCCGUGACCAAGUACACCAGCUCCAAGUAAACCUGCUGGAGACCAACACCACAACGGCUCUUUUAAGAGCCACACACUUCUUCUAAAGGUCAAUUCCUGAUGCUGGCAAAAUAUGCGCAGAUAAAAUGAAGAUGUCUGAUGCUUGAUUUUAAAUUUAUUGCACAUAGGAGCUCUUGUUUCCCCUCGUUAGAAUUACUAUUAUUAGUCAAUGGGAACUCAAAUUCACUUCAAUAAAAAGUUAUGAGCGUUUUACCCGAUUCCUCCAGAAUCAGAAUACACAAAAGUUGAUGUUUCACACUUAAUGAAGUUUUCUAAUAUCCAGCAGUGCUAGCUGUAUCAAUUAAAUGGUUUUUGUGUACACAUAUUCUGUACCAUAUUUGUAUACCAUGGACAUGUAUUGAACAGUGUGUUUGAUCAUUAAAUAAGAUCCAGACUAUUUUA